CUUUAACUUAUUUUGUGAACAUCAUCAUUCAUUGUGUCCGUGCUUUUAUUAUAACUUUCUUUCGUUUAUCCAUUAAGAACUUCAAAACCGAUGUUUUCAUCAGCUUCCAAUUGUAUAUGUCAGUUGCACUGUCAUAAUCUUCAUAUCCCUUCAUUGUAACCUUGUUGGCAAAUUAGGAAGAGAGUUUUUUUUAUUGAUUUCUGCUCAGCAUCUACUUCACUAACAAAUACCCUAUCUAUAUCUUUUUAGAGAAAAAUAACCCUGCCACACUUAGACGUGUAUGAAAUAACUAAAAAUUCCAGAGCCAGAAUGCUGUAUACUAGUAAGUUAAGGUCUGCACAGAAAUGUUUUAGUGGGAUAACUUAAUUUAGCCAAUAUGAAUUUAAUGUUUUUAAUGUAGACUUACACAUUAACCAAAGUUUAUUAGUAGUAUUUGGAUUUAACUAUGUAUAUGCUAUGUUAUGGUUCAAUUGGGACAUUUUGUAACAUGGUUGAGAUGGGGAAAUGAAUAACUUUUUACAUAAUUUAAACAUCAUCCUAAGUGAGCUUUUUGUUAUCAGUGUAAGGUGUUCAGUCUUGGAAACAUUGAAUUUUUCAUGUACAUUUAGUGUACAGUUCUGCAGUGUGUAGACCACAAAGUAGGUUGAGGAAGUUGCUGAUAAUUACAAUUUGCUGUGGUUACAGAUUACAAAGUGAGUUUCACAGUGCAGAGUCCCCCAUGCAUAUAUACAUUGGAGUUACUUAUUCUUCUACCAAGUUUGUGUUGCAUAAUAUACCCUGUAAUACUUUCAACUAUAAAGUGAACAUCCUUCAUUUUUCCAAGGUCAUGAAUGUAUACGUAGUGGCAACAUCUCUCAUGAAAAUACAUGAAGGCUACUUGGUUGCAAGAUUACGAGUCCAUUGUGUCAUCAAAUUCAUUAAAAAAAACCGACUACAGAAAAAUGAUAUAUGUCGAGUGUGCAGGUGUGAAGGCUCCAGUGACCGGCCACUCUUCCAUCCAUGCAUUUGUACUGGUAGUAUUAAAUUCAUCCAUCAAGAUUGUCUAGUACAAUGGCUACGAUAUUCACGGAAAGAAUAUUGCGAACUUUGCAAACAUCGAUUUCACUUCACACCAAUAUAUUCACCAGACAUGCCGAAGAGGUUACCUAUAGCAGAUAUACUCUCGGGCUUGGCUCGAAGUAUGGGGACAGCUGUGCGUUAUUGGCUACAUUACACUCUGGUAGCAGUAGCUUGGCUGGGGAUAGUUCCUCUCACAGCUUGCAGAAUAUACCGGUGUCUGUUUACUGGCUCAGUGUCUUCAGUCCUUACUUUACCUUUAGAUAUGCUUUCAACCGAUAACUUAGUGUCCGAUAUCUUCCAUGGAUGCUUUGUGGACUGUACACUAAGUGCAUUUAUCAGUCUAGUCUGGCUUCGGGAACAGAUACUUCAUGGGGGAGGGCCUGAUUGGUUAGAUCAAGAUGUGCAACAUGAACAUGAAGGUCAUGGUAACUUUGGUGUGGUUAAUCAAGUGAAUGGGGAUGUUGCAGCACACCCUGUCAAUGAUAAUGCAGCCCCUCCUCCAUUAGAAGCUCCAAAUCCUGAAGGUGGACAAGAUCAACCUAAUCAAGUACUAGCAGCUGUUCCAGCUAAUCAAAAUAUAGCUGAAGGUGGAGAUGGGGAGAUUUUACAUGAAGGAGUUCCUGGAAAUAACAAUAUGGAUCCAGGAGCAGCAGCUGAUGAUAUGAAUUGGAAUCCUAUAGAAUGGGAUAGGGCUGCGGAAGAGCUCACUUGGGAGCGACUCCUAGGACUAGAUGGCUCACUUGUGUUUCUUGAACAUGUCUUUUGGGUUGUUUCUUUAAACACAAUGUUUAUUCUUGUAUUUGCCUUUUGUCCAUACCAUAUUGGUCACUUCACUAUAGUUGGAUUUAAACUGAAAGGUUGGGUAUCAGCAUCACAUUUUGAAGGCCUGUUAACUGCGCUCUGUGGUUAUUGUGUUGUUGGAUUAUGCUUGGUCUUGUUACAUACACUAGCAGCAAUAAUCAGAUUAAAUAGGUCUAAACGUGUUUUAGGCUUAUGCUAUGUGGUAGUGAAAGUGGCUCUGUUGAGUGUGGUAGAAAUUGGAGUGUUUCCUUUAAUAGGAGGCUGGUGGCUCGACAUCUGCUCAUUAUCACUUUUUGAUGCAACUCUUAAGGAUCGAGAAUCAAGCUUCAAGAUGGCUCCAGGUACAUCCAUGUUCAUUCAUUGGCUGGUAGGAAUGGUGUAUGUCUUUUACUUUGCCUCUUUCAUCCUUCUCCUCCGAGAAGUUUUGCGUCCAGGGGUACUGUGGUUCCUUAGAAACCUCAAUGAUCCAGAUUUCAAUCCAGUACAAGAAAUGAUACAUUUACCCAUUGUUCGCCAUACAAGAAGAUUUCUAGCAUCCAUGGUAAUAUUUGGGUCUACUGUCCUUCUUAUGUUGUGGCUACCCAUUAAAAUAAUCCAUGGGCUGUGGCCUUCCUUCUUACCAUACCAUAUAACUCUUUCAAGUGAUACUCCAGUGAGUGAGUUGUCAUUGGAGCUGUUGCUGUUGCAAGUUAUUCUCCCAGCAUUAUUAGAACAAGGUCAUACACGAAUUUGGUUGAAGUUGUUAGUAAGGCACUGGUGUGCAGCUGUGUCGCAUGUUUUGGGUCUGAGGUCAUAUUUACUUGGUGAUGUUGCUUUGGAUACUCAGGGUGGAGUUGUUAUAGGUGGUGACGCAGGUGGUAAUGGUGAUGCAGCAGCAAAUGAUGUAGCAGCACCACAGGAAGUGGAGGAACCAGCAGAUGGACUUGCUAAUCCUGUUGUUGGUGGUGGUGGUGAUGCUCUUGGUGGUGGUCUUGGAGCAGCUCACCAAGCAUUACUUCAGCGUGAUGGCCCAACUGGUUUUCAGGCUUAUGUGCGUCCACGAUGGUUUGGUAUAAGGAUUUUGGGAUUGGUGAUAAUGAUGUGUGUCAGUUUAACAGGUGCAUCAAUAAUAUGCCUCACCCUUCCAGUCCUUGUAGGGAGACAUUGUAUGUACCUUGCACUUGGAGAUACAAAGGUACAUGAGCUGUAUACCGGUGCUUGUGGGUUGUACUUAUGCUUGCUUGGUAUACGUGGAAUUACCCUUCUAGCUUCAUGGAUUAUGCUAGGUUGGACUCAGGUUAUUCUCCGAAUUCGUCAGUGGGGUAUAAUGGGAACAAAAGCAUUGGUGGCUCUCUUAGUUGUGGCCGUGUUGAUUCCACUAAUGGUUGGUGUUUUAAUGGAACUGGUGAUUGUCAUACCACUUCGAGUACCUCUUUACCAAACACCAAUUCUAUUUUUGUGGCAGGACUGGGCAUUAGGAGUCUUAUAUACUAAAAUCAUGUGUGCUCUGGUAAUGAUGGGGCCAAAUUGGUGGCUGAAAACAAAUCUUGAACAUAUUUAUCUAGGAGGUAUUCGUGGUUUAGACUUGAAUCUCCUGGUGGGGCAAACUGCCCUUCCUGUUAUAGCAUGUCUUGGUGCCUGCCUUACAGUGCCGUAUGUGACAGCCCAUAGUAUUGCUCCACUCAUUGCACCACCUAGUGCAUUAAUAUUGGUGGAACGAAGGAUUUACCCAGCAUUGUUGGUCAUUACUCUUCUUUCAAGUUUAAUCAUCAUGCAAGUGGUUCAGUUUACCCGCUUAUAUGAGCACAUAAAAAAUGACAAGUAUCUAGUGGGAAGAAGACUAGUUAAUUAUGAUCCAAGCACCAGCCAGCCACCUCCCCUUCUGCAAGAAAGUGAAGUGACACCUUUUGUUAGGUGAAGGUGCCAAAUACUUUUAAAAAGGAUAAAUUAAUUAAACUAGCCUCUUGUCAUCAAUGAGGUGGAACUGAUGAGGCUACCCUGGAAAAAUUCUGGUCCUACAAGUGUAUUUUGUAGAAAUGGUAUGAUAACUUGGUCUGUAUUGACCGUCAGUGUGAUAAUAUUUUAAUAGAUGCAAGUGGUUGCAUCAGAGAGACACUGUGUGCAUUCUUGGUUCAUUGCUGAGUGGACUCAUAAUAUUUGAGCCUCAGGUAUUUAAUGCAUAUCUUGCCUUUUGGAAAAAGGUAGGAUAGUAUCAGGAAAAUAAUCUGCCAGUGAAUGCAAAAUGCCAUUUACUUCAUGGAAACUGAUAUUAAAGCAGCAUUACAGUCGUAUUUCAAGAAGCUGGAAGAGAAAGUUUUCUCAAGUGUUAAAUACAGUAUGCUGUUGUCAUGUCCUAGUGCAUAUGUUUGAAAUGAAGUAGCUCUUAUUGCAGUGAGGUUGCCAAGUAUUGUGAUAUAUUUGCACAAAAAUUUAGUGAUAACAUCUUGGCAGACUAAAACAUUGAGUCACUUGAACUAUAUAUAAAAGGUUACCAAAGUUAAGGACAUGUUUGAAAUGAAUUGUGUAUUUUCAUAUUAAAGGUUCAAACUUGUUUUUGGGAGUAUUUACACUUAAAUUGCUAUGGACUUGCCUGUCAUGAGAGGGGCUCCGUUUAGCUUAUGGUUUAAUAAAGAUGAACAAUCAAAA